AUGUGUGUUCCAGAUACACGAAAUGAUGCUGUUACAUCGGUUGAAGAUGAAAUAACACGGAGGAGUCGACGAUCGGUUGAGUAUGAAUUUGAUGAUUGUCGACCAAGGAUUCAGCCAACUUCAAAUGGAUCUCAAUUCCCCGCUGAUUUCUUUUCUCUCGAAACCCGUCGUCGUGGAGGCGUCAUUAUUCACAUCCUCCUUUUGAUCUACAUGUUCGUAGCCCUGGCAAUCGUUUGUGAUGAAUUUUUCGUUCCCUCGCUGUCGGUUAUCACAGAAGCACUCGCAAUAUCAGAUGACGUGGCAGGGGCGACAUUUAUGGCAGCUGGUGGGUCGGCUCCAGAAUUUUUCACUUCUCUCUUUGGAGUUUUUGUCGCACAGGAUAAUGUGGGUGUUGGUACAAUAGUAGGCUCUGCCACCUUCAACAUUCUGUGUGUCCUCGCAUUCUGCACUCUAUUCUCUCGCCAAGUCUUACAUUUGACCUGGUGGCCAUUAUUCCGUGACAUGUCCUUCUACACUUUGUCACUUUUUCUACUUCUCAUAUUUUUCGGAGAUGAAGUCAUUGAGUGGCAUGAGGCGGCGAUAAUGUUUUCAAUCUACAUCGCCUAUGGCUUCUUUAUGAAAUAUAAUGGAUUUUUGGAGUUGAAAACUAAGCAGUUUUUGUUUCGAAAAGUUGGAAUCGGCAGCGAAGUUGUCCCUACACCUACUGUAGUAACUGCAGCAGGGUGCACUCCAAGGAGCCCACACUCGCUUGGUGCGCAGGGUCCUCGAAGGAGUUUUCCGAUGAUUCAUGGUGGACAAGAAGUCAGAAAAAGUAUUGCACAGUUGGUAAUUGGAGAUGAGGAUGACACAACUUCGUCUUCAUCGUCUUCUGAAUCCGAGAGAUCUAUAAAAUUGAAGACAGUGGCCAAUGGAGUGCCGGAGAUCCGACAGAAUGGGAGGACUAUCAUGGUGAAGCCAGCAAAUGAUCCGGAUUCUGCGUUCAAUAAUCAGAACAGCAUAACUACAAGCAUAACUCCAAUCGACUUCGGGGAGAAUCACACAAUUGUUAUCAACAAUAAUAACACAAAACGAAAAAAUGGCAACAAUGGAACCCACCUGACCCCAGUGGAGACUAUCAAUCCGUCUUCUAAUGGCCAUCUGGAAGUAGCUCAACCUAAUGGGAACCCAGUGCCCCCGAUUGCUUUGGAUAAUCUCUCCGUUGCCUCAUCUACCGCCGAAAAGCCGCUCGAUCUCUCCUGGCCAGAAGCCAACCACAAAAGGAUCAUCUACCUGUUCUUGGCUCCAAUCACAUUCCCGCUAGCCUAUACUCUCCCAGAUGUGAGAAAACCAAGCCUCCGAAAAUUCUUUGCCAUCACAUUCAUCGGAGCCAUACUCUGGAUUGCUGCGUACUCUUAUCUCAUGGUUUGGUGGGCGAAUACCAUUGGAGAGACAUUUGGAAUCCCCACUGAAAUUAUGGGAUUAACUAUUCUGGCAGCAGGAACAAGUAUUCCUGACUUGAUCACUAGUGUGAUUGUAGCACGGAAGGGUCUUGGUGAUAUGGCAGUCUCCUCUUCCAUCGGCUCCAAUCUCUUCGAUGUCUGUGUCGGGCUCCCGAUCCCUUGGCUCAUCCAUUUUUUCAUUGGACUCUUCAAAUCGCAACCCGUGCAAAAUAUCUCCGUCACAUCGAACGGACUUGUGUGCUCUCUCGGUCUUCUCUUCGCAAUGUUGCUUGUUCUACUAGCUUGUGUCGCCAUUUCGAGAUGGAAAAUGGACAAAUUCUUUGGUCUUUUAAUGAUUUUCUCGUACUGUGGUUUUUGUAUGCUUUGUAUUUUAUUGGAAACUGGACACUUGAAGUGUCCUUUGAGGAAUAGUUGCUAA